AUGAUGAAUAAGAGAGUCGGGAUUCGAAGCGUUUGGCAGCACAAUUUAGAAUCUGAGUUUGUUCUAGUUAAGGAUGCAUUAGCUGACUACCCUUUUGUCUCCCUUGAAACUAAAUUCCCAUUCACUCUUUUUGAAGUCGAUUCUCUGGAAGACCAAUACCGAAUCAUGAAGGACAGUGUGAACGUCAGGAACAUCAUCCAACUGCGUCUAACACUCUCAGACGGUGACGGAAACUUGCCCGAUUUAUGCACCGAUUGCUGCUACAUCUGGGAAUUCAACUUCAGGGACUUCGACAUCUACCGGGACUUUCACAGCGCGGAUGCAAACGCAAUUGAGUUGCUUAAGGGGCAAGGAGUUGAUUUCUUGCGGAACAAGGAAAAGGGUAUUUUGUCUUCCGACUUUGUGACGAUGAUGCUGAAAUCUAGGAUGGCGCAGGACAGAAGGUCCCGUUUAACAUGGGUGACUUGCCCUGGUUUUUAUGAUUUAGGGUACCUGAUCAAGAUUCUACAUUGGGAGGAGUUGCCAAACGACGUUGAUAGUUUCAUGAAGUUAGUGGAUAGGUACUUGGGGAAAAGAGUGUACGAGUUUAAAUCGUCACCAGAACGUCUAAGUUUAGAUUGGUUUCGAGGUAGAAAGACUAUCCUUGCUACUGUUAAGGAAUGGGUUCAUGCCCAUUCUAAAGAUACUCAAAAGUCGCUGAAACUUCUAGCAUGGGAGCCUCCACGAGAUGGCUAUUUUAAGCUUAAUGUUGACGGUUGUCACAGGAGGGGUUUGAUUGGAGCUGGUGGUGUGAUAAGAGAUUCCGAAGGAAAAUGGUUUGCUGGCUUUGCUGUGAAUCUUGGGAAGGGUGGGGUUUUGGAAGCUGAGCUUCAGGGUCUUUACCAUGGCUUGAAGUUGGUUGUUCAAAAAGGAAUCUCCCAUGUGUUAGUGGAGUCCGAUUCUGAAAUUGCUAUCAAGUUCUUGCAGAAUCCUCAUAGGUUGGCUUCAUGUCCUUAUAGGAAUUUAAUGUCGGAUUGCUUGGAACUGAUGCAGGAGAUUGGAUGUGUGCCGACACACGUUUAUCGGGAAAAAACUCUGUGGCGGAUUACCUUGCAAAUUUGA